AGAGUCAAUAAAUUUUGGAGUUUGUCCCUCAUUUUAAGUGGCUUCAGAAUAGCCCCGAAGAACUUUUCACAGUAAGCAAUCUACAGUGAAAUUUUUGGACAGAAAUUUCAGGCAAUCUUCAACAAAGCGUUUCGGACAAAUUGGGACGCCUUUUUGUUUUUGUAAAAACAAUCGUUUAUCUCCUUUCUCAUAGUACCAUGAAACCAGAUAAACAAGAUUGCAGCUUGCCAGUCCCAAGGGAAUUCUACGCGCAUCUUGUGUAUCCAGUAAAUUUAUUUAGCUUCAGAUUCCUUUCAUCCCUUGUUCUUUGAUUCUUCAGGAGAUACAAAUCUCUAAGGGAAAGCAAGCAACUUUCGUAAUCCUUUGAGAGUGAAGAAGAGGCGAAGAUGAGAGUGUAGCCAAUACGCGGCUGGUGUUGAACGUUCAAGUUGCAAUGGUUGCCAUAGUUAUGCAUAGUUAAUUAGCGUGAAUUCAGCCUAGUUUUGUGCAGUGCAUUUAAAUGCAUGCGCAGGUACUAACGAUCUUUUAUUCGAAUUGAAAAUCUCACGUGCUUAAUGAACAGGUCAGAUUCUGCUAACUGAUCUUAACAAACGAUUUUGUGCAUCUUGUCGCUUCGUUAAUCUAUACACUCACUAGGCUCAAGCAACACUGAUGGCCUAAAAUUCACCAUCUUCAAACUCGUGUUGCAGAAUACGGAUCUCGCUUCAGCCAACCUACUGCAGUUGACACACUGGGAUAUCGGCUGUCUAUCAGAAGAAUUUAUAUUCACCCACAAAACACAUAUUUGCUUGUUGGUUUAGUUGAUAAACAGAAAAGUCCAGAUGCCAACAAGACUUAGCGAAGUUCCAAUUAUUGAAGAGCAUCCCAAAUCAGGCAUGGUUGAACUUGGAAAAGAUCUGACACUGUUUUGUAAAGCUGUAGGGAAAAACCUUCGUUUCACUUGGUACAAAAAUACGAAAUGCCUUAUUGGAGAGACUUCAGAUACGCUGCACCUACGCAAGGUUAACAUGGAUGCUGCUGGCCGGUAUUCAUGCCUUGUUUCCAAUAGCAAAGAUUCUCUUUUGACUUGGGCUAUAGUCGAUGUUGUUUCAAUUGUCAGCACAAAGAAAAAGCAUUAAUUUUAAGCAAAGCAGUUUAGGAAUUUUUAUAAAAGUUAGUCUGGUAAUUAGUUGAAACUAACCUAAUCUUUUUAAGUUUAGUUGCUGGUAUGCGAUAGAAAGCCAAGCCGGACCCUAAAACUUCCAGGACCCUGCAAAUUCACAUGUCCUUUGGAACGUCUGUUUGGUCGAUUACUAUAAUAUCUAAUAGAAAUGUAAGAGUUAUUCGAUUCAAAUUAGCACAACUUUGCUUUUAACCUGGAACUUGUGAAUGUCGCACAUUGACCUUUGAAACCAAUAAUGACGCCAUCUUCCAAAAUUUGUUGGAGGGGGUGGGUAAAAUAACAACUGUUAGGUUACUUACCGAGAAUGUCCUUUUACCAACAAGAAAGACGCAUUGAACCAAUAGAGGACCCCCAUGAUUAACUUUGGUAAUGUUGUGGCAGUUUGAGAAUCAUAAGUACAAAGCGCAAAGUACUUCACCAAAGGUUCACCCCCCCCCCCUAACAUCUC